CUGCCCAGCACAUUCGAUCGGAGAUCCAAGGCCUUCGACACGUGGUGGGCUGGGGAAAUUGGAUAUGAAACAAAGAUGCUGCCCCGGGUGCCGGUAUGGAGGCUGCGGCUGCCACGGCGACCCGAGGGUGAAAUUUAGCAGUUCCGGAGCUCGGCAAUUUUAGUGUCGCUGCAUAGGCCCCAACUGCUUCCACCUCAGCCACGACGGAACGACAGAAACUGCAAGCAGCCUUUCGGCCGAGGCCACCAUUUUGUUCGGUUAUAAAUUUCGUAUACAACGGGGACCCAGUGCCACGACCAUUGCUCCCCUCUCAAGCACUGCGCGAUUACGCGACUCUGCUCUUUUCAAGGCGACGGAGAGAGAGAGAGCGUUGAAGAUUCUUUGAUGCUCACGCAAAUCUUUUCUUCCGAUUUGUUUUCGUGAUCUCCGACGCUCGAUUCUCGAGCGCUGUCUGAGCCCGUGCCGGGAGCAGGUGGAGGAGCGAGGGGGAGGGGGGAGGGGGUAUAUGAAGGCAGCCUGGAGCAUACCAGGGACUCAUAUUCAGAACCCGCAACUGCUCCGUGAGGGAGGUUCUUCUUUCUCCGUCGAUUCGUUUCUGGUGUCGGUGCGCAGGAGCAGUUGCUUUUAAUAACGAUUUCUUUGGACUCGACGUGUCAAAGAAUCGGAAUUGACCGAACUCUAUUCCGCACUCAUCUCCAGUUCCAGUUCCAGCUCUUCCAAUUCUUCGUCGAGGCCGUGCGUGCUCGUUGGGGUUCGGGACAAAUUCCAUCAAAUGGCCUGGCAGUCGGAUUAUUUGGAUUGGAUUCUCUCUCCACUAGCCUUCGCGAUAAUGCUCGUCUACAAUGUGUGUCUCUACAUCCGCUUCAACAAGGCCCCGGAUAGCACCGUCAUGGGUGUCAACCAUCGCGCCAGACGAGCUUGGGUCCGGUCGAUUAUGCAAGAUAAUGAGAAGAAAAACAUAUUGGCGGUGCAGACUUUGAGAAACAGCAUCAUGGGAUCGACUCUUCUGGCAACGACGGCAAUCCUUCUGAGCUCAGCGGUGGCGGCCUUCCUGGCGAGCUCGUACGAUAUCAAGGGGAGAAUCAACAGCUCCAUCGUGGGAUCUCAGAGCAACAUAUCGCUGUCCGUCAAAUACAUGACCCUCCUGGCGGGCUUCUUGUCUGCAUUUCUCUGCUACGUUCAAGCAGUGAGGUAUACGAAUCAUGUAAACUUCAUCAUCAACGUGCCCAUCAGCGCAACCAUCACCCCCGAGUACGUAGCGGAUGUUCUCGAGAGGGGAGCGAACUUCCACACCAUCGGCACUCGAGCGUUCUAUGUCACGAUCCCUUUGCUCCUGUGGAUCUUCGGCCCAAUCCCAUUUUUCGCAUCCACGGUCAUACUCGUUCCGAUGUGGCAUAGUUUGGAUGCAGCUCAAGACACCGAGGCGCAGAAGAUGAGGAAGGCGCAGAUGAAGGCAUUCAAAGCUGGGAUCGUCGAAAAUGAUCCUUCUGACCACUCUGUCUCCCAUUCCAUCUCUAUUACAUCAGACAAAGGCGGACUCCCAGUCUGCACUAUGUUGUGAAACUUAAGAAGCAAUCAUCGUGGGUUCUUGAAACAAACGAUUGACGUUUUUGUGACAGAAGACAUCCAUCAAAGUACAGUAGAGGAUCUUAUGAAGGUAUAUGCAGGCUACUUGGACUUGUGUAUGCAUACGUACCGGCUAUAGUCUACGAAACACGACGAGAUUGAAUGUACAGUACGAUAGAAGCUAGUAUAUCCUUCUGGGAAGGAAGGGAGCAUGCUUUCGGGUAUAAUACUUAGUUUUUCUUUUCAUGUAAAUAAUUAAUUCAUUAAACUGUUGAGAUUCGUGGCACAACUGUCAAGGAUCGGU